AUGUCUGAGGGGCACUUUACUUUCCUCCUCAGCUGCCUAUGCUUUGAUGACUCUAAUACCAGAGAACAGUGUAGAGGAACCAACAGAUUUGCCCCAGUCAGAAAGGUGUGGGAUAUUUUCAUCAAGGCCUGUGACACCCAUUAUAUCCCACACAAGUUCCUGACUGUUGAUGAGCAGUUGCUUGCCUUCCAUGGCUGCUGCCCCUUUCACAUGUACAUCCCAAAUAAGCCAGCAAAGUACGGCACCAAGAUCAUCGUGGUAAAUGAUGUCAAGAGCAAGUACAUGCUGUCAGGGAUCUCCUAUCUUGAGAAGCAGGGGACAUGGGCGACAGUUGGGCAAAACUUUGGCAACUCCUUCACCAAGGACCUGACACAGCGCUACCACAACACCAACAGGAAUGUAACAACCGACAAUUGGUUCACCUCUAUGCCCCUCAUCCAGGAUAUGCUGCACAAUUGUGGGAUGACGCUGAUUGGGACAGUCAAGGGAAACAAGCCAGAGAUACCAGAAGAGAUGAAGGACAAGAUGACAUGGGCUCCAGGUUCCAGUGCCUUCCUGUUCACGAUGGACAUGACACUGGUGUCGUAUGUGACCAACACUUAUUCCAGCAAGAAAAUUAUCCUUCUCUUGUCUUCAGUGCAUGGAGAUAAGUCCUUGGAAAGCUAA